AUGGUCCGCGGCGAGGCUAAGCAGGUCAAGGUUCACUACAAGGGCCAGAAGUCCGAGGAGGAUUUUCUCGUCUUCGUUGAGGACGAAAAGCUCUACCAGGACUGGAAGACCGAUAAGUCUGUCCCCAUGGCGCACUUCAUCUCGUCGUUCAAGAUCUUCGUCACGCACAAGCAAGGCGCGCAGGGCACUUACGACGCUGCAUCCAAGGCGUCGUUGGAGAACGAGUUCGGUACCCACGUCGAUGACGAAGUCAUCAAGCAAAUUUUGGAGAAGGGCGACAGCCAGACCGCUGAGUUUCCGGAUCGCCAAGGUCCCAAGAACGACUCUAAGGGUGGCAUGGUCGCCCACUAG